AACGUUUUAUCACAAAACGUCGUCGACGUCUAAUAAAAUCAAGGUUACAAUCAAAGAAAAACAAAUAGGGAAAAAUCCGAAUCUAGUUAGUUUAAAUUUUGAAGUUUAGUCGUGUGAGCUGUUUGUGGUCGGUAGUUAUUUUAAAGGUAAAACCGAGCGAAAUACGUGGUGGCAAGAUAACGCAGCGACGCAGACGACGUGUGGGAUUGUCCGGCGGAUUGGCGGCUGCGGGUUACGGCGGAUACAACGGCAAUAAGAUGCACCAGCAGCACAUGGACCUGCACGCGCCCGUGGACCUCAAUAAGUCCCUGGACGAGAUGACGCCGGAGGAGCGCAUGCGAGCGGAGCACCAACUGAUGGUGGAGAAGCAUCGCGGCCACGAUGCCAUGCACUCCGAGAUGGUGAUCAUCCUGUUCGUCACCCUGGUCAUUGCCCAGAUCAUCCUGGUCGAGUGGAAGAAGCGCCACUACAGCUCGUACUCCUUCGUCACCCUGCUGGCCAUGUGGCUCAUCCCGCUGAUCAUCUCCUGCAGCUUCGGCUGGCUGCGCUUCAUCCUCAUCUGGCUGGUGUUCACCUGCAUCACGGCCCUGGUGAUGCGCCGGGCCAUCAGCAAGCCCAUCCAGGGCACAACGCCCAGGCUGGUCUACAAGUGGUUCUACUUCAUCUACAAGCUGAGCUACGGCCUGGGCCUGGUGGGCUACCUGGUGAUCAUGGCCGCCUUCCUGGGCAUGAACUACCUGUUCUCGCAGCCACCCAACACCUGGAUGGAUGUGGGCCUGAUGUUCUGUUUCUAUGGCCUUUACAUCGGUGUGCUGGGUCGGGAUAUAUCCGAGAUAUGUUCGGAUAAGAUGGCAGCCGCCAUAGGCUACUACACACCUCAGGGCAUUCCCACCCGGCACCUGGAUCACAAUGUCUGCGCCGUUUGUGGCAACCAGUUGCUGGUCUCCGAGAAGGAAGAGGGCGUCAUCGAGAACACGUACAAGCUGUCCUGCAACCAUGUGUUCCACGAGUUCUGCAUACGUGGCUGGUGCAUUGUGGGCAAGAAGCAGACGUGUCCCUACUGCAAGGAGAAGGUCGAUCUGCAGAAGAUGUUCCGCAAUCCCUGGGAGAAGCCACAUGUGCUGUACGGACGCCUGCUGGACUGGAUCCGCUGGCUGGUGGCCUGGCAGCCGCUCAUCUUCUUCAUAGUACAAGGCAUCAAUUGGAUGCUGGGACUGGAGUAGUGGUCCUGCUUCCGGUAUUGGCUUUCCUCGGCGUCUAGUCAAGCACACACACUUUGGAUUAAGUCUUGCACAUGUAGCCACACAGAAAGAACACGACGUCUUCAACAACGACAGACCAAUCGGAGGGGCGGCGAGACACCUGCACCACCAGCACCGUCGCCGUUCAUUCAUUCCCCCGCUCCCCUCCAGAACUUCAGAACGCCAGAUGAUGACGAUGGCGAUGGCGAUGACGAUGACGGCUAAAGGAUGACCAACCAGAUGCCAUUGUCAUUCCAACUGCUUUCGGGUUUCCAGUUCUGUGUGUGUUUUGCUUUUGGGCACCCAACUUUUCCAUUGUUCAGUCUUUAAUCGAAACGUAAAUGCAAUUUUGGAUAUAUGUAUCUAUAUCUAUAUAUAUUAUACAUAGCUAUGUAUUUAUGUACAUAUGUGUGCCUGUGUGUAUGUCUCCUAGGUAUUAUUACCAAUUUUAUUUUCUUGAUUUUACUUAAUUGCACUGGAGCUGGUUAGAAAUAAACAUAUACCAAAAAGACAUCUAUUGAUAAAACACUCAAA